UUAGUUAACACUAAGCUUGUUUAUUGGUUUUUUUUUGGAAUUUUUAUCAAAAAAAAUAAUGCUGUGGUCGCACAAAAAAUUUUCUGUAGAGCAACACUAGAGUCAUCAUGGAGUCGCCUUCGCUGGAAGGGUUCGCUGGGUCGCCAACCGAGGAUGAGCCGAAGACAAAGUCCCAGUCGGAACCAACAGAUGCUAGUCAUAUAGUGCCCCGAGUCUUCAAAACAGAAUUCGAUGCCAAAUAUAAGAUAUACGACAUGCGAACGCCGCUGAAUGCCUUCAUGUCUGGGCAGUAUAAGCGGAGCGGUGCAUACAAUACUCUGAGGAAUCGGCUUCCCGUGAUUUUGACGAAUGUGAUAGACACCCUGACCAAGGAUAAGAGCGAACUGGUUGAAAAAUUCAGUGAGGCCGCCCGCGAGGAACUAAAAAUCAUCAUUGGCCUCAUCUCCAGGCUGAAGUACGAGCUACAAACGGAUAAGCCGUUUCAGGCAUUCGCCGGCGAAGAGCCCGAUCGCGCACUCUGGAAUAAGUUUCUCAAUCUGCUGCCCGAUGAGGAGAGCACCGUCUUCAGAUCCUGUUGUCUGUAUUCCGAGUGUUAUAUGCACAGGAAACUAUACUCCUUUGUGGAGAAUAGCAUCUUCCUAAAGCCAUUUGAUUUCCAUGCCAAGGUCAAGGAGCAUUCGUUGACGAGCUGCAUGGAUGAUGUACUCUCCCUCACCAAGUACACGCGGCGCACAGACAACAGCCUGGAAAUGUUUGGGGAGCUGCUAAGGAUUAACUUGUGGAGCAACUGGAACGACACGUCCAGAGAUCCGGAGGCAACGGCACUGGCUCCGGCACCUUCGCCAUUCAAUAAAAAUGUGCUGGAAAAUGUCGGCGCUGCAGAUGGAUACAUACUUGCUAACCAAGCCGCGGAGAUUUGGCAGUGCUUGGACAACCGGAAGAAAAAUAAGCUAAGCCAAGUUGAUUUUAUCCUGGAUAACGCCGGCUAUGAGCUGUUUACCGACUUCAUCUUGGCAGAGUUUAUGAUUGAGAAGGGACUGGCUACCAAGGUGUGCUUUCAUGUGAAGGCACAUCCCUGGUUCGUGACUGACGUUACGGCGCGAGAUUUCCAAUGGACGCUGGAAUACUUAAGUCAGCAUUCAGAUUACAUCAUCAGCUUAAUUGGCAAAAAGUUUUUGCAGUUCCUGGAAGAAGGAAAGUUUGAAUUAGCUCCAAUCUCACAUUUCUGGACUUCUCCCUACGCAUAUUACAGAAUGCGCGAUACAGAUCCUGAUCUAUACAGCUCUCUGCAGCAGUCCAAGCUAAUCGUUUUCAAGGGCGACCUUAACUAUCGCAAACUCCUGCAAGAUGUUUGCUGGGACUCCACCCAGGAUAUGAACACAUGCCUGCGUGGUUUCCUGCCCAGCAAUAUGUGCGCUGUUCGCAGGAUCAAGGAGGAGGUCAUCUGCGGGCUGGCCGAGGGUGUUAGUGAGACUCUGAGCAGAAAGGAUCCUCACUGGAUGAUCUCUGGCAAUUAUGGCGUCAUCCAGUUCGUGGAUGGAUCGCGGGAGUUUGGCUAUUAGUGGGGAAAAUGUACCAAAGGCUUUACAGUUUAAAAUAUUAGUAAAUA